AUCCAGUGGUUACAGCAUUCGAGUGCCACACUUCGAGACGCACAGCAAAUCAAACCAGGAUCUACUCACCGAGUCAGGACUAUAAGCUAAAAAUCCCAAACCGCACAUAAUGAAGGUAUUCAUUGUACUCUGCGCACUGGUGGCCUGUGUUUCGGCCGGAGUGGUCCGAUCCUCGGGCUGGGGAUCGAAUCCUUGGGGCGGCAGCAGCUCCGGAUGGAAUAGUGGCUGGGUCGCCCAGCAGCCGCAAGUCAUCAAGGUCAUAAAGAUCGGAGGAGGCGGCGGCUCCGGAUGGGGCGGAAACUCCGGAUGGGGCGGUAACUCCGGAUGGGGCGGUAACUCCGGAUGGGGUAGCAACUCCGGAUGGGGCGGCAACUCCGGAUGGGGUGGAAACUCUGGUUGGAGCAGCGGCAACUCCGGAUGGAACAGCAAUGGAUGGUCCAGUUCCAGCUCCAAUAGUGGAUGGUGGUAAAGAAUCGAGGAGCUACCAUCUCUAGGAGACGAAAAACCCAAACCCAAUCCCAAUCCCCUCUCUCCGCACCUGGUUCACAAUCCGCACGAUUUUAUAACAUAGUUUUUAAGUACCUUUUUUUUUGUGUAACAAAUAAAUAAAUGAAUAAAUCAAAGGCAUAAA